GAUUCCCUUGUCACCCAAAACCUUAUCUGCAAUUCCCUCCUUUUCCUUGUCAACCACCCUGCAAUUUCGUCGCUAUUUUUCUUUUGCUGAAUUCUAACAGGCACUGUAUGUUAUUCUUUAUCUCUAGAAUCCUCUGAAAUCAAGCAUAUGGCAGCGUUUAUCUCCUGCAACUGUUACUCCUCUCUUGCUGCCGCCAAAUUGGUUUGCCCCGCAUCACCUACGAAUCGUAUCCGCUUUGUGAAUGGUCCGAACAGUAGUUCGUGGUGGACUAGGCGGUUAGUGCCCAAAUGUUCUUCCAAGAAGCUUGAACGGUGUCAGCCCCAAAUUGAGAAGAAAGGGAGGUUUUUUUCCUUGAAGGAAUGUGCAAUCUCUAUUGCUUUGGCAGUUGGGUUGGUAACAGGAAUGCCAGCAUUGAAUUGGUCCCCUAAUGCUUAUGCAGCCAAUCCUGCGUUGCCUGAGUUAUCUGUGUUAAUAUCUGGGCCGCCAAUAAAGGACCCAGGAACUUUGCUGAGAAAUGCUUUGCCAAUUGACAAUAAGGCUAUUAGGGAAGUACAGAAACCACUUGAAGACAUAACUGACAGCCUCAAGAUUGCUGGUGUCAAGGCACUUGAUUCUGUUGAAAGAAAUGUAAGGCAGGCAUCACGAGCAUUCAAGCAAGGGAAAACUUUAAUCAUUUCGGGAUUAGCCGAAUCAAAGAAGGACCAUGGAGUGGAACUGCUGGACAAGUUGGAAACUGGAAUGGAUGAGCUACAACAAAUUGUGGAGGAUAGGAAUAGAGAUGCAGUGGCACCUAAACAGAAGGAGUUGCUUCAGUAUGUUGGAGAUGUUGAAGAGGAUAUGGUGGAUGGCUUUCCAUUUGAAGUACCUGAAGAAUAUCAAAACAUGCCUCUUUUAAAGGGGAGAGCAGCUGUGGAUAUGAAGGUCAAAGUCAAGGACAAUCCCAAUCUGGAUGAAUGUGUGUUUCAUAUAGUACUAGAUGGCUAUAAUGCUCCAGUAACUGCUGGGAAUUUUGUGGACUUGGUGGAAAGGCGCUUCUAUGAUGGUUUGGAAAUCCAGAGAGCGGAUGGUUUUGUUGUUCAAACUGGAGAUCCUGAAGGCCCCGCAGAUGGCUUUAUUGAUCCUAGUACUGGGAAAAACCGUUCAGUACCAUUAGAAAUCAUGGUUGAAGGGGAGAAAACACCUUUCUACGGAGCAACCUUGGAGGAGCUUGGCCUUUACAAGGCUCAAACAAAGCUUCCGUUCAACGCAUUUGGAACCAUGGCAAUGGCCAGAGAUGAGUUCGAGAAUAACUCUGCGUCCAGCCAGGUAUUCUGGUUAUUGAAAGAAAGUGAGCUCACCCCUAGUAAUGCCAACAUAUUGGAUGGUCGAUACGCUGUGUUUGGUUAUGUGACAGAAAAUCAGGAUUACUUGGCUGAUCUCAAGGUUGGUGAUGUUAUAGAGUCAAUUCAAGUAGUCUCCGGCCUGGAUAAUCUCAUAAAUCCAAGCUACAAAAUAGCUGGCUAAACCUUUUUGUAGUACUAUUUCAGUUGAUGAUGUAUUCUUUUGUGAAGAAACUGAAAGACAAGACAAUCUCACUUUCAUUGGAGCAUAAUAAGAUACAAUCAUGCAAUAAUUGUUUGUUUUAUUGGAAGUGGGGGUUUUGUAUGUGUAAAUUAUCCAAGUCACGGUAGAAUUCGAACUUUCAAGCUCAAAUACAGAAUACUCUUAACA